AUGAGCCGACGUCCCAAUGUGGCCAUCAUCGGUGCUGGCUUCGCAGGCCUACGAUGCGCCGAUAUCCUAAUCCAGAAUGGCGCGCAGGUAACCAUCUUUGAAGCGCGCGAUAGAGUCGGUGGGAGGGUCCAUCAAUGCAAAGUCGGCGGCCACCUCGUAGAUAUGGGUCCGAAUUGGAUUCACGGCGCCGGGGCGAAUCCUGUCCUCGAUAUCGCGCGAGCAACGCGGACGACGCUGCAUGAUUUCGAAGGAUCUCAACUCGUGUUUGGGUCCAAUGGGAAGGCCCUGGAUGAGCGCGUUGCUAUGAAGAUCUCAGAGAUCCUCUGGACCACCAUCGACGAAGCGUUCACGUAUAGUAACAACCAUGAAGCCGAUAUCCCGGCUGAGAAGAGCUUGCUCGAUUUCAUCCGCGAGAGGCUCCAGGAAACGAACCUGACUGAAGACGAAAAGCGGUUGUGUAUUGACACUGCAAGGCUCUGGGGUUGCUACAUUGGAGACCCUAUUGAAAGGCAGAGUCUAAAGUUCUUCAGUCUGGAGGAGUCUAUAGAUGGGAGCAAUUAUUUCGUCGCAUCAACAUACAAGGACAUCUUGGCCCAAGUCUCCAGCACUGCCUUGCAACACGCUGACAUUCGCCUCAACCAGCCUAUCGUCAACAUCCACUCAAAACCAAUCAUCCAAGGCACAAGCACCCGCCGCGAGAUCACCAUCACUACGCAAACCGGCGAGCGUCACGCUUUCGACGAAGUCGUGGUCACUUGCCCUCUGGGCUGGCUCAAACGCAAUAAAGAAGCCUUCACCCCCGAGCUCCCACCCCGGCUCAGCAGUGCCAUCGACGCUAUUUCCUACGGCCGGUUGGAAAAGGUGUAUAUCACGUUUCCAGAGGCCUUCUGGCACACUAAGUCCACGGGCAACACUGUCACCCUCCCCACAGUCAGUGCGUCGGCUGCGAACGGGACAAACACCAAAUUGAGCUUUGCCCAGUUCCUCACUCCGUUAUAUUAUACAGAUCAUCCAGAAGAGGUUCCCUGGGACCAAGAAUGCUUCUCCCUCGCGGCGCUGCCGAAAGAUACCGCCCAUCCGACUCUCCUCUUCUACACAUACGGCCCUUGCGCCACAUACAUAGUCAACAAGCUCACCUCGCUCUCAUCCACAACCACAGAAGUGACCAACUCACAUUCCCACGCCCCCUCCUCAAAACAAUACACCUUUUUAAACACCCUCUUCGCACCCUUCUACUCUCUCCUCCCAAAUUACAUUCCCAACACAAAAGCAUGCACACCAACCUCUAUCCUCGCCACAACCUGGCAAGCAGACCCGAACGCAGGCCAUGGCAGCUACUCAAACUUUCAGGUCGGGCUUGUCGACGGGAAUAAAGAUAUUGAGACCCUCCGUGCGGGAAUGGGCCUCGACCGCGGUGUAUGGUUUGCCGGUGAGCAUACAGCGCCGUUUGUGGCGCUGGGUACGACGACAGGCGCGCUUUGGAGUGGAGAGCGAGCGGCUGGUCAGAUCUGCGCGCUUUAUCGGCUUGGCCGUGUGGGGAUGGGUGUUGAGCGGGACGAUAGCCUGCCGAGUGGGAAUGGAAAUGGGAGUAUGGGUGUCUUCAGUGAAGGGGCAAAUGGAAAGGGGGGAAGUGGCUUUCGAGUUGGGGGUGGGAGUGCCACAGGGGUUAGGAAUGGAGGGGAAGGGGGAGAGAGAGAUGCUUUGUUUUCGCAGUUGGAUACCCGUCAGUAUACGUGGGUCGCAGGUCAAUGUAAAGCGGUUCAUGAACGCAAAAACAAACAAGCAUCAGGUAGCAACCCAGUGAAGCAGAAUAUGGGAAAUCCAGACAAGCAAACGAAAGCACGCAGCCAGCCCAAUCCAGACCGGACCCAACCCAGAUCUAAACAAGAAGGCCAGACCCGUAACGAAGCGGACGAGGAUCGAAGUCGAGAGGCGCUGUGGGGAAUCUUAAUUGAAUGUAACGAAGAUGAAUAA